CAAAGGCUCAUCGAGGCUCCUCUCGGAUUGCGACGCGCCGAAAGCUAGCUCUGUCGUCAUUUCGCAGCGCCGCCGCAACGACAGGUGGCGCUGUUGACGCUGCUGCUUGCGCGCGCCACUGCCACCGCGUCGCCGCAAAAAUCAGGAAGACACGCGCGCAUAUAAGUUUCCAGGGUUUAAGAUUUUCAUGCAGUGACUAGACGGGACACUGGACAGUGGACAGCAGGCCCACUGGGUUGGCUUACGGUAUGGCUCCUCUCCAUGCUUACAUUCGAGCUUGCGAAUGUUUACCUCAUAUAGCCUACAGAUUGGAUUUCCAACAGUGGAGGGCCGUAACCAAGGAGCAGAAGGACCAAGUCACUAAGCAAAAGUUCCGCAUUCAAGAGGAAUUUAGGAAGGAGACUGGCUUGAUCAUCGACAAGCCCAGAUCUGGCGGAAGUGGGACGUCUACUGACGGCAACACGGCGAGGAGAUUCUUCCGUCAGCCCGAAGUUACAGCUCGCAUCACAGGCAUUGAUGAAACCCUCAUUCACCGCUUUGCGGUGAUCCUGCGUGCAUUGAACUGUGGUGCUGAGAUUAACGUGGCAAAAUUUAGAGAAUAUGCCCUAGAAACUUAUCAAGUAUACGUGGCCUCCUAUUCUUGGUACUACAUGCCCCAGAGCAUUCAUAAGAUUUUAAUACAUGGCGCCGAAGUUAUUGAGACAUCUAUCUUGCCUGUGGGCAUGCUUUCCGAGGAGGCACAGGAAACACGCCACAGAGACCUGAGGAGCUUUCGCCAACACUUCACCAGAAAAUGUUCAAGGGAGAGCACGAUGGAAGAUCUGUUUAACAGACUUCUUGUAACAUCGGACCCCCGAAUUUCAUCGCUGCGUCGUUGUUCCAAGAAAACCCAAGAACGUGAAAGUGACGAAGUUUCAGCUCUCAUUUUGACUGAAAGUUCCUAGAUCCGUACCUUAUUUUUGUUUAUACUUUUCUUUACAAUUUUUUUUUAUGUUAAAAUGACAUUAGCUUUUUUGCUGACAAUUUCUAUUAUUUUUCUGUGAUAGUUAACUGUGACAAACAAUUUUUUUGUUCCUUUUUUCUUUAUUUAAGUAUUACUUUUGUUGUUAUUAUUUACUUUUUUGUUGAUUUCAUUUUGUUUUUAUUUUUUUUCGUCGCGAUGAACUUAU